AUGCCGCCUCGCUACUUCAAGAACGAUGAGGCCCUCAGCAGCAGAGAUCCGCACAAGCAGCUCAUAGCCUCACUCACUCGUCUGGUCGUCCAAUAUCCUCCCGCCGAGGUACGCGCCGGCGGUGGUAUCUACUAUGGCCCAACCAGCGUCGCCUACCUGUUCCUCAUCCUGCAACAGCUCUACUCGGACUUGCUUAUCGAAGGCAUCCAACUCGGAACCUGGUCGGCCACCUACCUCAAACAGUCGCAAGAUCACAUCAAGUCCUUCCCUGGCCCUCGCGUCGGCAAAUGUGGUGUCGCCGACGAUAUCCUAGCCCUACUGGCCAUCGGAGCCGCCAGUUCGAAAGAUGCAGACAUGGCAGCAGCCCUCUGCGACUAUGCUGCCGAGGUCCUAGACGAUGAUACUGAGAACGAGUGGCUUUAUGGAAGAGCAGGUUACCUGUACUACCUUCGUCUGGUCAAGGCAGCCUUUGUCGACGACGACAAGGUGUCGCACAUGAUAUCCGACACUCAGGAAGACGUCGUCGAAGCUAUUCUGAGGUCCGAAAGGCCCUGGAAGUGGCACGGCAAGAGCUACGUCGGCGCUGUCCACGGCCUCAUCGGCAUCAUCACUCAAGUCACCUUGACCAAUCCCGAGCGCUACGCAAGAGCCGUCGAGGCCGAUCUCUCUGUCUUGCUGACAUACCAAUUCGAUACCGGAAAUUGGCCCAGCAGCCUCCCACCUACAAAAGACAAGCUGGUUCAGGUGUGCCAUGGUGCUCCAGGAGUCAUCAACUCUUUGCUCUCCAUCAAGGACCACUUCCCCAAGCUUCAGAGCAGGAUCGACAGCGCCAUUCGCAAGGGCAGAGAAUGCAUCUUGGAACGCGGUCUUCUGACCAAAGAGCCAUGCUUGUGUCACGGCAUCUCUGGCAAUGCACUUGCGCUGGAUGACGAACAAUGCCAGCACUUCCUUACCUACACGACUGGCCACGAGAUGAAGGGGCUGGAGAAAGAUGGCUUGGUCGAGAAGUCAGACAAUGCAGAGGCACUGUGGUGCGGAGAGGCAGGACGUGCAUGGGCAUGGGCGGUGAUGGACAAGGGCUUGCCUAAGAGGCUGCUUGGCUACAAUGACAUUUGA